UCUCGCGAGACUUGGCCAAGCGCCUUCCCGCGCUUUUGCCUCCCUGGCGCACGACGAGGAAGCGGCGGAGGCGCGGAGGGCAGCCAUGGGGCGGCUGGAGCUGCUGCUCGUGGAGAAUUUCAAGUCGUGGCGAGGCCGCCAGGUCAUCGGUCCCUUCAAGAGGUUCACCUGCAUCAUCGGCCCCAACGGCUCUGGAAAAUCUAAUGUAAUGGAUGCACUUAGUUUCGUAAUGGGAGAAAAAACAACUAAUUUAAGGGUGAAAAAUAUUCAAGAACUUAUUCAUGGAGCACAUAUUGGAAAACCUGUUUCUUCUUCUGCAAGUGUAAAAAUUAUAUACAUAGAGGACAGUGGAGAAGAGAAAACUUUCACAAGGAUUAUCCGAGGAGGAUGCUCAGAAUUUCAUUUUGGGGAUAAACCUGUGAGUCGUUCUGCAUAUGUAGCACAGUUGGAAAAGAUAGGCAUAAUAGUCAAAGCACAGAACUGUCUAGUUUUUCAGGGAACUGUAGAGUCCAUUUCUAUGAAGAAGCCCAAAGAGAGGACUCAAUUUUUUGAAGAAAUCAGUACUUCAGGAGAGUUUAUAGGAGAAUAUGAGGAGAAGAAAAAGAAGUUACAAAAAUGUGAAGAAGAUGCACAAUUUCAUUUUAAUAGAAAAAAAAAUGUAGCCGCAGAGCGGAAGCAUGCAAAAAUCGAAAAAGAAGAGGCAGAACGUUACCAAAGUCUUCUUGAAGAAUUGAAAAUAAACAAGAUACAACUGAUGCUUUUCCAACUGUAUUACAAUGAGGAAAAAAUUAAUGUUCUGAAUACUAAAUUAGAGCAUAUGGACAGGAAUUUGAGCGUUGUAAAAGACACUCUGUCUCACCAUGAAAACAUAAUUAAAGCUAAGAAAAAGGAUCGUGGCAUGUUAACUAGACAACUACAGCAAACAGAAAAAGAACUGAAAUCUCUCGAAGCAAUUUUAAGUAAGAAGAGGCCUCAGUUUAUUAAAGCUAAAGAAAAUACUUCUCACCAUCUUAAGAAAUUGGAUUUAUCUAAGAAAUUGAUAACAGACAAUGAAAAACAAUGUUCCAAGCAGGAAGAUGACAUACGAGCCUUAGAGGCAGAACUGGUUGAUUUAGAUAGAGCAUGGAGAAGUUUUGAAAAGCAGAUGGAAGAAGAAAUUUUACAUAAAGGUCGAGACAUUGAAUUGGAAAAUAGUCAGCUGGAUCGUUACAAAGAGCUUAAGGAGCAAGUAAGACGGAAGGUAGCCAUAAUGACCCAACAACUGGAAAAACUGCAGUGGGAACAGAAAGCAGAAAGAGAAAGACUGGCAUUUGAAAAGAGGAGGCAUGGAGACACUCAGGGACAUCUAAAACAAAUAAAAGAGCAAAUAGAAGAACAUAAAAAACGAAUAGAGAAGUUGGAGGAAUAUACAAAGACAUGCAUGGAUUGCUUGAAAGAUAAAAAACAGCAAGAAGAAGCCCUGAUAAAAGAAAUUGACAAUACAAAAUCAAGAAUGUCUGAAGUCAAUGAAGAAUUGAGUCGUAUUACAAGUGAAUUGCAGAAUGCUGGAAUUGAUAACCAUGAGGGAAAAUGUCAGCGGAAGAGAGCUGAAGUUCUGGAAAAUCUUAAAAGACUUUACCCAGAUUCUGUGUUUGGAAGACUUCUUGAUCUAUGUCAUCCUAUUCAUAAGAAAUACCAGCUGGCUGUGACUAAGCUUUUUGGCCGGUAUAUGGUUGCCAUUGUUGUAGCCUCGGAAAAGGUAGCAAAAGAUUGUAUUCGAUUUCUGAAGGAGGAAAGAGCCGAACCUGAGACAUUCCUUGCUCUGGAUUACCUUGAUAUCAAGCCAAUCAAUGAACGACUAAGGGAAAUUAAGGGCUGUAAAAUGAUGAUUGAUGUUAUAAAGACUCAGUUUCCUCAGUUAAAGAAAGUGAUUCAGUUUGUUUGUGGAAAUGGCCUUGUCUGUGAGACUGUGGAAGAAGCAAGACAUAUUGCAUUUGGUGGACCUGAAAGACGGAAGGCAGUAGCACUUGAUGGAACGCUAUUUUUAAAAUCUGGAGUGAUCUCUGGAGGAUCAAGUGACUUAAAAUACAAGGCUCAAUGCUGGGAUGAGAAAGAGUUGCACAGUCUAAGAGAUAAAAGAGACCAACUAGUCCAAGAGCUAAAGGAGUUAAUGAAGACACUCCGAAAGGAAACAGAUCUGAAACAAAUACAGACUUUAGUACAAGGAACCAAUACACGACUCAAGUAUUCACAAAAUGAACUAGAGACAAUGAAAAAGAAGCAUCUUGCAUUUUACCGGGAGCAAUCUCAGCUACAAAGUGAAUUGCUGAAUAUUGAUUCUCAGUGUACUAUGCUGAAUGAAGGAGUCAACAAGCAGCAACAAAAAAUUGAAGAAUUGCAAGAUAAGAUAGAUAAGGUGGAAGAUGAAAUAUUCCAAGACUUCUGUGAAGAAAUUGGUGUGGAAAAUAUCCGUGAAUUUGAGGACAAACAUGUUAAACAGCAGCAAGAAAAUGAUCAGAAAAGAUUAGAGUUUGAAAAACAAAAAACUCGGCUUAAUAUUCAGCUUGAAUAUAGUCGAAAUCAGCUUAAGAAGAAACUGAAUAAGAUCGACACAUUAAAAAUGACUAUCCAGAAAGGCAGAGAAGACAUUGAUAACCUAAAGAAGACUGAAGAAGAAUGUCUGAAAGGCGUGGAUGAACUCAUGGUAAAGCAAGAACAAAUUAAGGAAGUGUUUGCCACUCAGAGUUCCAACAUUGAGAAAAUUCAUACUCAAAUUGAAGAGGAACGCAAGAAAUUUCUGGCUGUUGAUAGGGAAGUGGGAAAAUUACAGAAAGAAGUUGUAAUCGUUCAGGGUUCUUUGGAACAGAAGCUACUAGAGAAGCAUAACUUGCUGCUGGAUUGCAAAGUUCAGGACAUAGAGAUAAGUCUUGCGCUGGGGUCAUUGGAGGACAUCAUUGAAGUGGAGUUAACUGAAACAGAAAGUACCCAGGCAACAGCUGAUAUCUAUGACAAAGAAGCAUCCAUCCAAAUAGACUACAGUCCUCUAAGGGAGGAUUUGAAGGCUCUACAGUCAGAUAAGGAAGUGGAGGACCACCUUACACUCCUUCUAGAGCAAGUAGCAUCCCAAGAAAAUACUCUACUGAAGACUGCAGCUCCAAACCUACGAGCACAGGAGAACUUAAAGGCUGUCAGAGACAAGUUUCAAGAAUCUGCAGACGCUUUUGAGGCCAGCAGAAAGGAAGCCAGAGUAUGUAGACAAGAAUUUGAACAGGUGAAAAGACGGAGAUACGAUGCUUUCAGCCAGUGUUUUGAGCACAUCUCAGUCUCAAUUGAUCAGAUCUACAAGAAGCUCUGCAGGAACAGCAGUGCCCAGGCAUUUCUUAGCCCAGAGAACCCUGAAGAACCUUAUUUAGAUGGAAUUAGCUAUAAUUGUGUGGCUCCAGGCAAACGAUUCAUGCCUAUGGACAAUUUGUCAGGGGGAGAAAAGUGUGUGGCUGCUUUGGCUCUUCUGUUUGCUGUACACAGUUUUCGGCCUGCUCCAUUCUUUGUAUUAGACGAAGUAGAUGCAGCCCUGGACAAUACUAACAUUGGCAAAGUUUCAAGUUACAUCAAAGAGCAGAGUCAGGAACAGUUUCAGAUGAUAAUCAUUUCCCUGAAAGAGGAGUUCUACUCCAGAGCUGAUGCACUGAUAGGCAUCUACCCAGAGCACGAUGAAUGCAUGUUCAGCCACGUGUUGACUCUGGAUCUCUCCAAGUAUCCAGACACUGAAGACCAAGAAGGCAGCAGGAGACACCGGAAGCCCAGAGCAUCACGAGCAUCCCAGUCCCCACAGUCCCCUCAGUCUCGUUAGAAAUGAGAAUGCCUGUACCCUGACCCUGUGGAGGUUAGGUCAGUCUCUGUUUAGUCCCAUGUGUCAUGGAAAAAAUUGCUACAGUUUUAAUAAUACAGUUACAGCCCACUCCAGUUAAGGGGUGCUCAGCCCCAUUCCAAUGGAGGUUUCCUAUGACAGCAAUGAAUGAAGUGUGUGCUUUUCUUUUGUUUUUUGUUUUUUAAGAACUUCUGUUUUGAAAUAAAUUGGUUAUAAAAUUUUGAA